AUGAAUUUCUAUUUGACUUCCACUUUUUUAACAUUGUAACUACCAUAAAUAAUAACCAAUUUAUGACUUUUUAUAGAAACCUUAUAAACUGAUAACAGAUUUUUUAAGAUUUCAAUGACUCAUUAUGAUGUAUAUAGAUAAAGCUUUUUCUUUUGCAUUAUGUAUUUAUUCAUGUACUUCAUUUUGAUUUCUUUGUUACGAGUUUCACACUUUAGUCAUCGAGUCUGUUAAUUAUAUUUAUCAAAGAUAUGAAUUUGUACAAACAUCCGCGAUCUACAAAUUAAGUUACGAUACAAACAAAACAAAAUUUUUCGGUUAGCGAGAUUAAAACAUUAUUAAACAUAGAAUAUAGAAAGUUAUAUAAGUUUGUGUGAAUUUGUUGUUUGAAUACGAUUUGGAUGAAAGCGAUUAAUUUGUAUUUUGUUCUCUAAUCUUAGAGACAUGCGGCAAUAGCGCAUCAUAGGCUGAUAAUAGAACCAGUCUAGCGAUACGAAUGUAUUGAGAGGACUUUAGAUUCCAAAUUUUAGCACGUGGAAUUUAUUUGAAACAAUAAUACUUCAAUGUCAUAAAUGGUUCAAAUACAUAUAUAAAACACCAAAUUUAUUAUAUUAUACCAUUAUUAUUUGCUAUAUUUAUUAUCAUUAUUAAAGUUAAAAUUUUUGAUGCAUUUUAUCUAUAUUUUUCGCUUUCUACAAUGGAACUUUUCGACAGCGUUUCAACGUAGUCUCAUGUUACGUACAUCGAUAUUUACAAUUCAAAUCCGUAAGAAUACGGAUAAAAUAAGUGUUGCCAACAGUUUUUUUAAUCGUCCGUGACUACUAGAUUGUAAAUCUGUAUGUACUUGUAGGAAAUAAAAAAGUACUAGUUUAUGAAUAUAUUAUAGAAUGGAUAAAGUAUGACAACAUAUAUAUGUACAUGUAAAAUACCAACAAUAUAAUGCUUUAUGUAAUGUGUGGUAUUAAUAUUAAUAAUGGUAUAUUUAGGUAAAAUUUUCUACUGAAAUUUUCUUAUUCAAAUUAUAUUCUCAAAAAUAUAAAUUCACAUAAAAAUCCACAAUCUAAUAACUACUAUGUUACGUGAGGCUAAACCAAUAUAGAUAUUAGUGAAUAUUGAAAACAUGAUCUUUUUUAAAUUAAAUGAAGAAAAUAUGGAAUAAAAUAAAUGCAUGAGAGCGUUCGAAGCUCUGGUUGCUUUGUAUAAAAUUCCAUAAACGUCCACCCACGGUAUGACGGUUACGAAAUGCGACAAUCAAUUCCUUGAGACUUGCUAUACCAACUCGUGUUGAUAACUCACAUCGGCCAUUAAGAAAAGAAGGAAUUAGCAGCACAUAGUGAAAAGUCGGAUGUGAGGAACCGACGAAGAUUGAAGAAAGGAAAUGAGCACGAAGGUACUCAUCGAGAUGCAACAGCAGCUGAGGCAUAUUGUGACCACCUCUGAAAAUGCUCCGACCAGUACUAAGAAGCUAGAGGACUUAAUGGAUAUCCAGAAAUCGAUUUUUUUAGUUUUCGAGGAUAUUACCUACUGCGCUAGGCCGUGGAUACUUUCUGGAAAAAAGACUGAACUAUUAAAAAAUUUGAGCGGCGAAUUCAGAGCCGGCGAACUUACGGCAAUUAUGGGAUUGUCCGGUGCUGGAAAGUCCACAUUGAUGGAUGUUCUAACUGGCUUUACAACGACUGGCGUAACCGGGAAUAUAAUGGUCAAUUCAAAAGCUAGGAAUCUCAAUGAAUUUCGAAGAUUGUUAGCGUAUAUAAUGCAAAACGACAAUUUGCAGCCACUGUUGACCGUGCAGGAAGCAAUGAACGUUGCUGCCGACCUAAAACUUACCACAAGUCCUCAACAAAAGAAACAAAAGAUUGAUCAGAUUUUGGUCACAAUGAGCCUGGAUACAUGUCGCCACACACGAACGGGAAAACUUAGCGGUGGAGAAAGGAAAAGACUGGCCAUUGCAUUGGAAUUAAUCAACAGUCCUCCGAUUCUAUUUCUCGAUGAACCCACUAGCGGACUAGACAGUGUGACCUCAAAAUAUUGUAUAACGUUGCUAAAGCAGUUGGCAAAGGCGGGACAAACGGUGAUUUGUUCUAUUCAUCAGCCCAGUGCUUCCUUGUUGAAUAUGAUCGAUCAUCUUUACGUGGUGGCAGACGGAAAUUGUGUGUACAGCGGUAGCACACAGAAUUUAGUGCCUUAUUUGAGCAGCCUCGGUUUGCAAUGUCCAACUCACUAUAAUCCAGCUGAUUAUCUGAUGGAAAUCUGCAAUGGAGAUUACGGCAGAUAUCUGCCGCAGAUGGUGAAUGCCAUCGAGAAUGGAAAAAAUAAUGCAUGGAGGUCAAUCAGUAAUGUAACCAACGUCAAUCACCAAGAGGAAGUGAUCGCUUUGAAUGUGACAGCUUCGUUCCAAGCACUUCGACAACGGUCUCCGAUGGAGAUACAGCACGUUUAUGGUAAACAUAAAGCUGGUGCUGGGUGUGCCAUUGGCUUCUGGAAACAGCUGUUCAUUUUACUUAAAAGAAACGCUAUCAGACUCUCGAGAGAUAAGGUAUUAACAUUUACACGACUUUCAAUGCAUUUUGUAAUUGCCUUGAUCGUUGGCGUGAUCUAUUUCAAAAUAGGCCAAGAUGCUGUCUACGUGUUGGAUAACUUCAAUCUUCUGUUUUUCAAUAUAAUGUUUCUUAUGUUCAGUGCCUUCAGCGCAACAGUAACAACAUUUCCCUCGGAGUUACCAAUCACCAUGCGGGAGCAUUUCAAUCGCUGGUACAAGUUACACUCUUUUUACCUUGCUAACAAGUUAGCUGACAUUCCCAUUCAAUUCACAGCCAUUUCUUUGUAUAUUCUCAUUGUAUAUUAUAUGAGUGAUCAAUUAUUAGAACUUCAACGAUUUUGUCUCUACACGCUGAUGUGUUUUGCCGUCAGUAUGGUUGCUCAAACGUUUGGCCUUUUAGUUGGAACAGGAAUGAAAGUACAGCACGGUAUGAUCUUUGGACCACUCAUGAUUCUUCCAUUUUUGAUAUUCAGUGGAUUUUUCGUUCAAUUCAGGGACGCUCAUCCGUACUUACGAUGGUUAUUCCAUUUAUCGUUUCUUAAAUAUGGUUUCGAGGGUGUAAUGAUCGCCAUUUAUGGGUAUGAUAGACCAAAGCUUUCUUGUUCAGACGUCUAUUGCCAUUUUGCUAUACCGGAGACGUUGUUAAACGCUGUAGACAUGAAGCAAGCUAACUAUUGGUUCUGUUUGAUUGUAUUGGUCGCUCUAUAUAUCGCACUGGAUAUUGGAACGUACACAUUACUGAAAUAUAAGUUAGAGAAACGUGUAUAAAAAGAAACACAAAAUCGAAAAUAUGUGUGAGAUGUCGGUGAAACAUUUUUUCUACGAUCGUGUUGUGUUCAGUGUAAAUAGAACAAUAUAAAUGAAUUAUUGUUAAAGACUGAUUUUCUUUUAAAACUUCUGUAUAAAAAGAAAGAAAGACAAGAAUUUAUAAGAAAAUUUUAUUGAAAAAAGAAAAAGAAUAUAUAUUUGCAUUUAAUUGUAGUUUUGUUAUGGCAAAAAGAAGCGACGAAUAAUUAUUUGCACAAUACGAUGUUGUUUGUCGAAACAGAAAUAGAAAUUCUUAUCUUGAGAUAGUAAAUAUCACGAACCAAUGUCUUUUGAUACUGUGUUUCGUAUCGAUUGAUAACAGUAAAUUUUUUGUAUAAAUUAUGUUCGUUUGGAACAUAUUAAGGUAUAAUUCUAUAUAUUAUUCGUAGAUUCCACGCCUAUUUCCAUAAAUUUACGGUAUAUACGCCUACAUUAAAUAUACUAUACAACAUUGUUCUAAAUUUAAAAAAUUAGCAGCCGUUUUAUAAUUACAGUCGAUUUAUGUUAGAAAAAACGUAAUAUUAUAAAAAAUUAAAUAUAUUCAUUUAUUUUCAAUUUA